CUACCAAGUCACACAUGUGGAAAUCCAGGGUUGAUACCUAAAGGAGUAAUUCAUGGAACAAGGUACAACAUCGGAGACAAGAUCCGUUACAGUUGUCUUAUGGGAUAUAUACUGGAGGGACAUGCUGCACUCACUUGUAUUGUGAGUCCUGGUACCGGCGCAUCGUGGGACUUCCCAGCACCAUUUUGUCGAGGUAAGACACAGUUUGUAGUGUAUUUACAUAUUAUGUCAUAUUAGUUUACAAUACUGUUUGGAGCGUAAGACAUUCCCAUGACCAUCAUUUAGCUGCAUUGAUCCUAGAUCAUCAUUUAGUGGUAUUGAUCCUAGAUCAUCAUUUAGUUGUGUUGAUCCUGGAUCAUCAUUUAGUGGUAUUGAUCCUGGAUCGUCAUUUAGUUGUGUUGAUCCUGGAUCAUCAUUUAGUUGUGUUGAUCCUGGAACAUCAUUUAGUGGUAUUGAUCCUGGAUCGUCAUUUAGUUGUGUUGAUCCUGGAUCAUCAUUUAGUGGUAUUGAUCCUGGAUUGUCAUUUAGUGGUAUUGAUCCUGGAUCGUCAUUUAGUUGUGUUGAUCCUGGAUCAUCAUUUAGUUGUGUUGAUCCUGGAUCCUCAUUUAGUUGUGUUGAUCCUGGAUCAUCAUUUAGUUGUGUUGAUCCUGGAUCGUCAUUUAGUGGUAUUGAUCCUGGAUUGUCAUUUAGUUGUGUUGAUCCUGGAUCGUCAUUUAGUGGUAUUGAUCCUGGAUUGUCAUUUAGUGGUAUUGAUCCUGGAUCGUCAUUUAGUUGUGUUGAUCCUGGAUCAUCAUUUAGUUGUGUUGAUCCUGGAUCUUCAUUUAGUUGUGUUGAUCCUGGAUCAUCAUUUAGUUGUGUUGAUCCUGGAUUGUCAUUAAGCUGUGGUGAUCCUGGAUUAUCCUUGAACCUGAAGUAUCAAAUCAUAGGUUUUAGAGGUCUUAGGACGGUCACAAGACAAUAGCUUUCAAUGGCCACUGUUUUGGUUGUUAAACUUGCAACCUGCAACGGCAACCACAUUUAUUCUGUCAGGAGCAAGGCCAAUCUUAGUUGCUGUCAAACCUUUAUCUCUUACUAGUAAAUAUUUGUCCACUCAAUAGGAGCUGGAACAAUUGAGAGAGUCAGGACUCUUUUUUUAUUUUCUAAGAGCAAGUUGUGACCCAGUCAGUAAUGCAAUUGUCUCUCACUUAUUAUCUUCAUUUUAGCCGAAGGAGCUUGUGGUGGGACAUUGAGGGGAACAACAGGGACGAUAUCAAGUCCACACUUCCCCUCAGAGUAUGAGAAUAAUGCAGGCUGCACAUGGAGUAUUCUGGCUGAACCAGGGGACACCAUCGCCCUGGUCUUCAGUGAUUUCCAGCUGGAAGACAGAUACGACUUCCUGGAGAUAAGUGGGACUGAGGCACCAUCAAUAUGG